AACACUCUUUACUCAUCAGUAUAGACAGUCUAAGUCACUUUCCUUCUCUUUCACCAUCAUCCAUCAUCUAUGGCUCCCAUCUCAAAAUUCCUUUCUUUCCUAUUCUUAACAGCCCUUUCAUUUUCUCUCCAAAUUCAUGCCAGAGACAGUCAAUUUUUCAGCAAAGUCACCCAUGUCAACAACAACAACAAUGUUAGAGAAGUUCCUAACAAUGAAACACCAUUAAACAAACCAGAAAACCAACCAGUUUUCGUCCCGGAAACUGAAAACAGUUAUGGUUUAUAUGGUCAUGAUACUGGUCUACACCCUCCGACUACCACUAACACAAACAAUGUUGAUCCCAACACUUACCAAUCAUAUGAAAAAACUUCGUCACACGAUGAAAUCAACAACAACAAAGUUAAUAAUUACUUCAACUACCAGCAAGAUUCCGACAACAAGUACCCGAAUGAAGUUAGUGACACAAAACUAACACCAACAUCUUACAGCAGCAGCAGCAACAAUAACUACGACAACAACAAGUAUUCUUCUAGUUCUGAUGACUUUAGCAACAAAAAGUUCCCAGAAGAAGGAUAUAACUCGAACGAAAAUCAGAACAACAACAACAACGAUAACAAGUAUUUCUACAACAACAACAACAAGGAUUCUUCUAGCAACACAAAGUUUACAGAAGAAGGAUACAACUCCAUGGAAAACCGGAACAACAACAACAACAAGUAUUUCUACAACAACAACAACAAAGAUUCUUCUAGCAACACAAAGUUCCCAGAAGAAGGUUACAACUCAAUGCAAAAUCAGAACAACAACAACUACGAGAAGUAUAACUACAACAACAAAGUUGCUGUUAAUGACAAAUACAGCUUCAAAAGUAACAACAAUUACAACAAUGGUGAGAGGCAAGGAAUGAGUGACACGAGAGUUAUGGAAGGUGGAAAAUAUUUUUAUGAUGUUAACUCUGAGGAGAAAUAUAACCCAACAUUCAAUGGAGAUUCAUCUAAAGGAGUUGUGAACUCUGAGAAUUGGUACAACAAAAAGGGUUACUUUGGUAACAACAAUGUGAACAAUUAUGAGAAUAACAAGAACUCUAUGAAUGGUUACCAGAAUCAAGAGCAGUUUGAAGAUGACCAAGAAGAAUUUGAGCCUUGAGAUUGAAUCAAAUCAUUGUAACAAAGUGAAGAGUUCAUUGUCCUUUUGAAUUUUGGUUGUGUUUGUUCAAUGUUUUAAUGUGCUUUAGAUUAAAAAUCACAAAAAAAAAAAAAAAGUAGGAUAAGUUAUGAAGUUUAAUUUACUUGGUUGGUGAUAAUUCUAUUAAGUCUUGUCAUGUUACUUAUGAAAUUGCACAGUGUAUGUUAUGAUUUGGAAAUAUUGCAUGAAGUAUGAAAUUGAAAGCAUGUAUAAUUGUUAUCA